CGUCAACAUCAACAUCAACAACAAUCAUUGUAUUGCCGCGUCUAGAUGCACUUAUCCCCCUUCAUAUUGGAUAAGAACAGACCAGAUAGUUGACAUUUGGGAGCACCGAUUGCAGUCUCCUAUUUGCCUUGACUCGAUCAAAUUGACCGGUCUGGAGAAAGGAGAACAACGAACGUUCCAGCCUCGCUAAGAGAAUCUUGGCGUCGAUUUCUAAAUACGUUGCUCCAUCGCGCAUCCAGGUUUCCUGACGUUGAUCAACCUCCUUACAGCUCGCGAUCGAGUUCGCAUUCCCCCAUCGACAAUCCUUACGACGGCGCGUCGUCCGCUACCCGUCGAACUGACAGCAUACCUUACACUGGUGGUGCCCUGGCCACGGGCGUCUCGUCCGACAUGCUACUCCCUAAGGGCGGCAUUACUUGGAAGUCUGCAAAGGCAAAUUUACCGCCGGCGAGAGCGAUAUGGGUAUUCCUAACUCGAACGCGAUUCUUGCUCCUGUUAGCAGUGACAGGGAUACUCUUAUUGCUAUGGAGGGGGCUCAGCACAUCGGCAUCGGAGAUGCAAAGAUUCUACUGUUGGGGACCUUCGAAACCGCCAAUGCAGAUGACACCGAAUGAGGCGGUGGAUUGGAACGCGCACCUACAAACGCCUGUGAUCUUCAAUCACCACGAGCCCCUGGUGGUAAAUUCCUCUACCAUCAAGCAUGUGGACCUCAACCCCAUACAAUCUACCCCCAAGGCGGUAUCGAAUGAGGAACGGGUCUUGAUAUUGACCCCUUUGAGAGACGCCGCGGCAUACCUACCUAAAUACUUCGACCUACUUGUUGACCUGACUUACCCUCACCACUUAAUAGAUCUUGGAUUUUUGGUCGGCGACUCGUCAGACGACACGCUCGCGGUUCUCUCGGCCGAGCUCAACAGGAUACAGAAGCAAGCAGACAAUAUUCCAUUCAACAGCGUGCUGAUCGUGGAGAAGGAUUUUGGCGCCGUCGUUGGUCAGACUGUGGAGGAGCGACACGGUUUCGAGGCACAGGCUCCAAGAAGGAAGAUGAUGGCUCGUGCCAGAAACUAUCUGCUUUCUGCGGCAUUGAAGCCAGAACACUCCUGGGUCUAUUGGAGAGAUUCGGAUAUCGUAGACAGUCCGAAGAAGAUCCUCGAGGACUUCGUCGCACACGACAGGGAUAUCAUUGUUCCCAAUGUAUGGUUCCACCGCUACAAAGAUGGAAAAGAUAUUGAGGGCCGAUUUGAUUACAACUCUUGGAUUGAAUCGGAUAAGGCUUUACGUCUAGCAGCGAGUCUCCCUAAGGAUGAAAUUAUUGUAGAAGGCUACAAGCAAUACGACACUGGACGCACACACAUGGCUACAAUGGGUGACUGGCGGCAUAACAAAGAUGAGGAAAUUCAGCUUGAUGGAAUCGGUGGAGUGAACAUAGUUGUAAAGGCUGAUGUUCACAGAUCAGGAAUUAAUUUCCCCUGUUACGCAUUUGAAAAUCAAGCAGAGACCGAAGGUUUCGCCAAGAUGGCAAAAAGAGCAGGGUACGAGGUGAUUGGCCUCCCCAAUUAUGUGGUAUGGCACGAAGAUACAGACGAGAAGCCGGGCAACGCGUAG